AUGGAUAUCAAUUUUAAAUUUUCCAAUCUUAUUGGAUCAGUUUAUCGACAAGGUCAAGUUAUAUUUUCACCAGAUGGAAAUUCAGUAAUCAGUCCAAUUGGUAACAAAUUAUCAGUUUUCGAUUUGAAAAAGUGAGAAAACAUUCUUCUUCGGCUUGAAAUUCAAUUUCACAAUUUUAAAAUGUUCAUUUUGCAGCAACUUAUCUCGUACUUUAUCACCUGGCGCAAAUUUCAGUUUUUAUUCGGUUGCUAUAAAUCCAGCUGGAACACAUUUAGCUGUUUCUGAUGAGCGAGGAGAUGUUCAUUAUAUCAAUUUGAUAACUGAAACUGUUUUGUAUAAAUUUCGAGCUGCAAAACCUGUCAAAUCUUUGAAUUUUUCACCGGAUGGAAAGUGAGUUAACAAAAUAAAUAUUGAUUUAAAAAAUAAAAAGAAACGUGACCUGACUUUCCAUGUUUUUGUAUUCAUUUUCAGAAAAAUUGCAAUUUGCCGUGAAAACGAUCUACAAUUACAUGAUUUGGGAGUUUCUGAAAAUCAAUCAUUUCACCCAUUUUCUCUAAAUCGAACAUAUAAAUUGAGUUCGGAACAAUUGAGAUGUGUUAAUUGGUCUUUUGAUUCGAAAUUACUUGUGGCUGGUGGAGAAGAUAAAGUUAUUCGUGUUGUUGGUUCAAAAGAUUAUCGAAAUUUGUUCAUUCAUCCACUUGCUUCACAUAAAGGUUCAAUUGUUCAUUGUCAAUUUUUGGAAAAAUCGUAUGAUGUGAGUUUUGGAGCUAUGGCGUGGCAAGUUUCUGUUCUGAAUUUUGAGCUGAUUUUGAAUUCUCUGAACAAAUCGGAACCGUCCGAACAUGUUUCCAACUCAAAAAUUGUAUCAAUCCUAUUCCCAUUUUUUCAGAUGAUAACAGUUUGUAAAAGAGGAGUUGCAAAUGUUUGGACAUGUUCACUUCAACCAGGAGAUUUGAAAGAAGGAACUUGGAAAAAGGAUAAACCAGAAAAUGAAGAAGAAGAAGACGAAGAAAUAAUGGAAGUUGACGAUGAAGAAGAAAUCGAUAAAAUAUUCUACGAAAAAACCAAAAAGUAUUCGCUCUCUGAAUCAUCUGGAAGCGGAAAAUCAGUUGAUGUAACAGCGUGUCAAUUUCACACAAAAAGUAAUAUUCUUGUGACUGCAUUUAAUAAUGGUGUCUUUGUUCUUCAUGAAAUUCCAUCUUUUGCCUUGAUUCAUAAUUUGCGUGUUUCGGAGAUGAAAAUUCAAACAGUUUCAUUCAAUUUGAGCGGUGAUUGGAUUGCAAUUGGAUGUGGAAAAGGAUCAGCUGCACAAUUAGUUGUUUGGGAAUGGCAAUCAGAGACAUAUGUUAUGAAACAACAAGCACAUUCACUAAGAAUUACAUCAUGCGAAUAUUCUCCCGAUGGAUCACAAGUUGCAACUGGAGCUGAAGAUGGAAAAGUGAAGAUUUGGAAUGGAAGAACAUCAUUCUGUACAGUUACAUUUGAUGAGCAUACAUCUGCUGUUACAGCUGUCAAAUGGACACAAAAUGGAAGAGCUAUUCUAAGUGCUUCUUUGGAUGGAACAGUUCGAGCACAUGAUUUAAAAAGAUAUCGUAAUUUCCGCACAUUGGUUUGUCCAGAACCUACUCAACUUGGAAGUUUGGCUGUUGAUAAAGCUGGUGAUCUUGUUGUUGCUGGAGCUAAAGAAGUUUUUAAUGUGAGUUGAAUUGAAAGUGAAAAUUUGGUAAUAAUUUUUUUCUCGGAAUAAUUUUUUUUAUAUUUCAAAACUAUAGUAAUUUUUGCAGACGGAAGUUAUUUUUGGUAGCGAAAUUCUUGAAAACAUUUUUCCGAAUACAGUAAUCUUUGCAGUUUUACAAUAAGUCUGAAAAGUCCCAACCAAACUUAUACUGAACAUUCACAAUUUUUGGAUCUUACCUCUUCUGAUUUUGUCAUUUUCAGAUCUAUAUUUGGUCGUUUGAAACUGGAAAUCUUUUGGAUAUUCUUUCUGGACAUGGAUCUGUUAUUAGUGCGAUUGAUGUUUCUGGUAAUCAAAUUGUUAGUUCAUCUUGGGAUCGAACUAUCAAGUAAGUUUUCUUUCUCUCUAAAAAUUAAAAACAUCAAAAAUGUGUUUAGGGUUUGGAAUAUUGUUGAUUCGCAAGCUGAAACAACUGAAGUAUCACAUGAAGCUGUAAAUGUUCGAUAUUCUCCAGGAGGUGAUAUUAUUGCUGUUCUAACUUCUGAUUCAGUUGUCACUUUUUACGAAUCGAAAAUGAUGACAUUUUUGGGAACAAUUGAAGCGCAUUUGGAUUUGGAUCCAUCGAGAGGAAGAAAUGAUACGAUUACUCGACAAAAUGCUACGAAAAGUAAAACUUUUACAUGUUUCCAGUUUUCGCCAGAUGGAAAUUUAUUGUUGAUUGGUGGAGAAUCGAAUAAUUUCGGUAUUUAUUCGGUUCCUGAUCGAUUGUUGUUGAAAAAAUUCCAAAUUACUGAGAAUCGAAGUUUGGAUGGAGUUGUUGUAAGUUCAAAACAAAAUUUUUAAAAACACUCUCAAAAAUCAUACAUUUUCAGCUCGAUUUCAAUCGCCGAAAUUUCACCGAAUUUGGAAAUAUGAACCUGGUUGAUACAUCGGAUGAAGAGGAAGAAGAUAACAAUAAAAUGACCAUCAAAUUGCCGGGAACCAAGAAUUUCGAUUUGGGAGAACGAAGAGCGAGACCAGAAGUGAAUAUAUAUGCAUUGGCUUAUUGUCCAACUGGAAGACGAUUUGCGAUUUGUUCGACUGAAGGAGUUGGAGUUUAUUCAUUGGAUACUGUUACAUUGUUUGAUCCGUUUCAAUUGGAUUCACAAACUAAUCCAGCAAUGGUUAAAAGGUUGGAAUUUGGGGAGUUUUGGAGAAAAGCAAUCGUGGCCCAGAUGGUUUUAGAAGUCGAUUUUUUUCAAUCGAACAUUCGAGGGUUUGAAUAAACCACAAUCUUCACCAAAAACGAAUUUUCGAGUUUUUUCUCUUUUUUUUGAAAUCUCUGUUUCCCUUCAGAGGUUUCCUCAAAAACGCUCCCCUCGUUUUUCCAGAGCUUUAUCAAUGAAUGAUUAUUCAACUGCUCUUAUGGCCUCACUUCGAUUAAAUGAUGGAAAAUUGAUUACUGAAAGUUUGGAAGUCACAAGUGUUACACAAAGUCAGUUUUUAUCCACUUUCCCUCGCCUCAACUCUUUUCUCAAAAUAAUCCUCAUUUUCAGUCCCAAUGGUUGUCCAAGUUCUUCCGAUUCAUUAUGCUGAAAGACUUUUGAAAUGGAUGUCUGAGGGAAAUGUUGUAUCAUCAACAAAACAUGUUCAUUUUUAUAUGGUAAGCUAUUAUUUUUUUAGUUAAUUAGCUAAUUGCCUAAUAAAAAAAAUCAACUUUAGAUCUGGCUUCGAUCGAUUUUACAAUAUCAUGGAAUGCGACUGAAGGGACGAACUGAUGUUGCAACUUUGACAGGAGUUCAGCAAAUUUUGGCGCAUCAUUCACAACUUAUUUCGAAUAUGUGAGGAAAUUUUUAAAAGUUACCUCAACUCGAAAAAAAAAAUAUUUUUCAGGGCAAACCAAAACAAGUAUUCAUUGGUUUAUUUGAUGUCAGCUCGUCGAUUGCGUCGAAAAAUCAAAAAAGAAGAGGAGGAUGAAAAAGUUUAG